UACUGUGUCCCAAACCGCAUACUUCCAUGCUCCACACUACCGUGCUCCGGAAUAUGCACUCCAGGCAAUGCUUGGGACUAUGCACUCCGAACCAUGGAAGUGCGGUAGCACGGAGAAACGGUUAAAUGUGUGGGAUGCACUUCGUGACGACAUCUGGACAUAACCUUUAACCUUUGCCGAAACUAUCGGUGAAAUUCCGGUAGUAAACCUGAGGGGAAUAACGUGAGAGCAUUUAUUUCAUACCGUAUUUAUUUCGUAUUUAUUCAAGCGGACUUGACGCCGUUACCUAUUUAAAUGUCCUGUAAAAAAUUACACAUAACUGUCUAAAUGAAAAAAAAAACAACUUAAUACAUAUACAUUUUAGUUAUAUUGAUACGACCUCUUUAACGAUAUCGACUAGGAACACGCUUGGAAUUCCUUAAUCGCGACCAUUAUUAAGUACAUUGGUACAAAUGCCACUUCACAGUUUCCAACUGUACUCCUAAUGGCUAUUUUGCUUCCUGCGACUUGGGUGACAACUGUGAAUAUGUAACGGAUCGCUAGAAAUGGUAGUAGGGACGAGCCUUUUUCAAUUAACCAGAAAUACACAAGACGGGACACUUAAUCUUAGCUGUAACUAUCGGAGAAAUGUAGAUGGUAAACCUGAGGGGAAUAAUGUUAAUUUGUUAGUUCGCUAGCUGAAUUGGUACUGUAUAAGUAGGCUGUGUUACUGAAAUACUCUGAUAUAACCAGUUAUCAGCAACAUUUAAUCGGCAUAGCUCAUCCGUUAAAUUGAAUUCUCCAUUUUUGCUAGCGUUUGUAUGUCAGAACAGAACCGGUUGGCGACGUUUUUCAGUGAACAAUCUACCCCAUAAUAAAGUUGCAAUUGCACUGUAAACAAUCAUGUGUUGUGUUUUCAUUAUUUUCGCGCUGUUUACCAGCGCGUGAACAACUGGGUAUGCAGUAAGUUAGGCGACAGAAAUGGAGCCCGUUAUGUUCGUGAUGGUCAUGCUACUUUUCAUGGGGUGGUACAUUUCACAUGAAACGGGGAAAAGAUUGGCUGUGGUGAGGAGACAGCAACUGAUCGUCGAAAACGGGAUCCGACGAAGGCAGGCUAUCCGGAGAGCGGCAGCAAGGAGACGAGCAUUACUGAGAAGGAUUGCGCUUGCCAGCACAGAUGGAGAAAGCCUUGCAAGGUAUGGCAGGAUUAAUGUCAGUGUCCCGAUCCUCACAAAAUUUUUUGAUGAGGACCAGGAUCUCCGGCCAGACUUUCGUUUGUCCAGACGGGAAAUCCGGAGUCUCUUGAGAAUGCUCCCCAACAUGAGGGACCAUGGCUGGGGCUACACACUAGAUGUCCUCACCUUUGUGUACUGGCUGGCCUGUGGGACAUCCUACCGUGUGGUGUCAGAGGUGUUUGCUGUCCCACGCAGCACAGUACACAGGAUGGUCCAUGCCAUUGCAGAUGACCUGAUUUCCAUCCUGCUGAGAGUCAUACACCUCCCUGAAACAGGAGACCUGGAAGCCAUUGGAGAGGGGUUCUGUCGGCUGGCAGGACAUUCAGCGUUCAGGAAGGCUGUGGGAGCCAUUGAUGGGUGCCACAUACGAUUGAAGCCACCUGAAGGAGUCACUAGACAGUGA